GAAUAUCACUCGUCAGUUCCGGAUGUUCGUGUGCGAAACAUCAGGCAAGAAUAUGACUGUUUUCUGACGAAAACGAUUGGGAUGUUGUCCUUUUUGGGAGAAGGAUUAACAGUUCAGCCAUCAUGGAUUUUCAAAAGUUGCUCGAUAUUGCCGCCCAGAACAAGAAAAAGGCAGAAAUUGAGGUGAUUGUUAACAAGCGGUAUACGACGUCCCUUCCACCACCUAAAAAAGAGAAACGUUCAGGAGUAGAUCGUGCAGCGAUAAAAGCAAGACUAGAGAAAAAACAACAUGACCAGAAACAAAAAGUGCUGGAAGAGGAGUCUAAGAAAAAGGAACUCCUUAAACUACGGGCAGAAACUAAAAGUAAGUCGAAGAAAUCAACGGAGAAACCUCAGGAGCACAGACGAGAUGUAACACCCAAAGAAAACUACAAGGACGGCAAACAUGAAGUUAAACAUCAAUCCUUCAUGAAGAAAAUUCAGAAAGUUUCUGAGAGGGCUAGAGACGAGGAUGAUGUCAAAGUGGUUAGUAAGAGGGCUCCUGAUUUGCCGAAAAAGCCUAAGAAGCCAGCUGCUUCCUCAAAGGGACCAAUGAGCUAUGAGCAACUAUUGGCUUUGGCAGCUAACCAACAGAAGGGGAAAUCGUCGGAAGGAAAAUCCAAAAAGACUACUGACUCGACCUCCAAGUCCAAGCAAAUAAAGAGUACACCGAAAGUUAGUGAGAUGGAUCUUAAGAAAGCAGCCGCUGCUCGGAAACUUGGAGAAAUGAGGAGGCAAGAGUUUCUCGCACAAAGAAGAGGAAGUGAGGAAAGUAGCCCUGCUGAAAAAUCAAAUGGUUCGUCGAAGAACGGAGCAACAAAAUCAUAUAAAAUUAAUGGAAAGAAGGUCAUGUCAGAACUGCAGAGAGCUACGCCAGGAUUCAAGAAGCCAGACUCAGUUACCUCAAGACCCAAGACAAGCAACGCGAAGACAAAACAUUCCUCCGUGCCAAAUGGUGGCAUGAAACACAAAAGUGCCGGCAGCUCUUCAAAAAGCAUCCCAAAUAAUCAUGAGAGACGAAUGCAACAGCAGACUCCGGAGAGAAAAAAACCACCCAUGACUCUGACUCAGUCCACGGUUGAUCAGUAUUUAGAUAAAGCGCCCUCCUCAGGUCACAGACCCCGUCCAGUUUCCGAUCAACGCCCUGAGCCGAAACGUCAGAGUAAAAUGGAAAAGUACUAUGAUAGAGUGCCCUCUAGCAGCAGACCUCAGCCAGGUUUGGACAGAAGGGCUCCCUCUAUGGGCCAGCAGAUGCAAAGGAAAAGACCAGUGUCGGCUGCUCCAUCUUUCCAAGCCAAGCGAGGGCGUCUCCUUAGCGAUGAAGACAGCGACUACGAAGAGGAUGGUUUCAUCGAUGACACGCCCCUUGAAGAAGAAGGAGGGGAGGACGUAUCCCACUACAUCAAGGAGAUAUUUGGAUACGACAAAUCAAAGUACGGGUAUGAGAGUGACUAUGCGCUGAAGAGCAUGGAGACAAGUUACCGAGAUAUCCAGAAAGAAGAAAGGAUGAGCACUCGCAUCGGAAUGAGAGAAGAUCUUGAAGACAUCAGACGAGAAAGAGAAGAGAAUAAACGUCUCGCUCAGAAGAAAAAGAAGAAGAGGUAACAGCAGAUGUUGAGUUGAUGCUGCCAUUCUGUCUACCAUGUCUCACGAUGACACAUUGUCUUUGUGGCAACAAGUAAACAUCGCAGUGACUAUUUUAUUUCCAUUUAUUAUUUAUUUUAUUUUGAUGAACUGAGGUUGCUCUUGCCAAAAACGGAAAGUACAAUAAUUUUGUAAUUAUUCAAAGUCAUUGUCAAGUUUAUUUCUGCGAAAGUCCUUUUUCUUGGUUUUUAACAACGCAAAAUUUCUGUGUGAAUUUUAUCACAACAUUUUUAUUUUGUUGUUUUGGGAACUUUUUAUUUUGCCUUUUAGUAUUGUAGAUUUUGAUCGUUUUUCUCCCAGAGAGGAUAAGUUUUGUGCCAUCAUUGCAACACUGGCUAAAGCACUUCACACAGCAAAAAUAUGCACACAUGGUUUCAAAUCCAACAACAAAAUUAUUUCUUAAAAAUUUCGAAAUAAACCACAAUCAUCCAUCUUUAUUUUGAUCAAAUGCCAUUUAACUUGUACUCUACUUGCUUGCAUCAACAUUAACUAUUUAAUUUGUUGUUGUUUAUUUAAAUCUUUACAGAAAAGUGCAAAACAUUGAAUAUCACGUAAACAAACUGAAGAAAUAAGCUUGGAUGGGUGUUUCAUGUUAGAAGAAAUAAAAUGCUAUAAGAGACUAAAUUUAGCAGGUUGAUCGACUCAUAAGAGACCAUAACAGCCACAUGCGGCUUGUAUAAAAAUAUCCACAUCAGCAGGGGUCGAAAUUGCCACUAGCCCGCCAGCCCCGGACUACCGGAUUUACAGCCGGGCUACUCAUUUUUCCAGUUUGAUACCCCCGCGGGCUAGUGGACAAAAAAUGCAAAAAUCAGUAUCACAAACAGCAAUGAGUUGUGCUGAUGGUUUAGUGUAAAGUUUGUGCCAUGGUUCAAGACAUAAUGUGUUUUCCGGGCUACCAAAAUCUCAUCAGGGCUACUAAAAAUUCUUGAUUCAUGAAAGUACACUUAAUUUCGACCCCUGACAUCAGCCACAAACGAAAACAAAAAUUGGAACUACUUCAGUUCAACCCAAAAUCUCAUCAGGGCUACUAAAAAUUCUUGAUUCAUGAAAGUACACUUAAUUUCGACCCCUGACAUCAGCCACAAACGAAAACAAAAAUUGGAACUACUUCAGUUCAACCGAAAGGGUCAUAGUAAAGGUCUUGUCUUGAAUUGACUUUUUCCAAUGUUUUUCAUGGUAUGCAUUUGUAAAACAAAACAAAAUACCUGUUUCGUACUAUUUCUCCCAGAAAAACUAAUGGAAAACAAUAGUUAAUUGCCUGACAUUUGAACCCUGCCAGAGAAUUUCUCGAAAAGAAAAAAAAAGAAAAGAAAAUCACCCAAUGUAAGGCACCUCUGUGGUAUGGUGAA